GAGAGCAGGAAAAGACACAAAGACAAAAGGUUUGGCUUUGUCAGAAAGGUUCCAGGACCAGCGUCGCUUCAAACAGUUUUUCCCUUCGGCAAGGCUCGGACGACAAAAAGACGCCAGGGUCGCGGCGGGACAAUUUGCGACUUUUAUUUUAUGGAGUGAUGCGGCAGUGUUUGACUUUGUUUUGACCCGCUUUAAUGUGUGUCUCUCCGUGUUAGUGGCGGGGGAAAAAAGACACGGGAAGUGUGUGUAAGCGCACGGGCACUUAUGAAGGGCUUUUAACAUCUGCUCUACCUGCUUGCAAUGAUAGUGGUGGGCAUGAUUCCAUUUGGAGCGGAAGAUAAUCAUAUUAGCGUGGAAAGCGAGAGGGCCAAAUGGAGGUGCGGAGUUGCGGCCAACGUAUCGCCGGCUUGAAAUAGCAGCAACAGCUAAAUGAAUAUUUGCAAUAUUACAGCGGACAUUUUGAUUUGUUAGCACUUGGGAGUGGCCUACCAUAAAAAAUAUUUUAUGGCACCUAUGCAAGAUUAUUUUGCUUUUUACUUUUAUGUUCUGCCUGCCCUUUUUGUAUUUAGGUUGCACUCAUUUUCUAUGUGUGGGAAUCUCCCAUGGCAGAAUUCAAUUCAAUUAUGAAACUCUAUCGUGGAUUUGUGUGUUGUUUCGAAACUAUAGAUGCUCACCGUCGACCAUAUCACACUGAUUCAAAGCUCGGUUUUACCAAUAAAAUACAAACAACCUCAUCACAGAGGGCAGAACUGCAAGCGAAGCUGUGAAGAAUCAAAGAGUUUAUGUUUCGGUUUUGCAUGUGCAGGUGUGCAGGUGCAUAUGGUGUGUGCGUGCGUCAGGUGAGGGUGUGUAGGAGGACAGGUCCGGCCGGGUCGUCUUUGACAGUGAGAGCGGUGUCACCCUGACAUUGGGAAGCAGUCAGUGGAAAACCAGGGAGUAGAGAAAAGCACAGCAAAAGGAUGUGUGGGUUUGUGUCCGUUUGCGUGCGCGCCAAUGUUCUGGAUGACAGAAAAAGAGCAAAGGACCACACACGCGGCUGAAGAAUCAGAGUUUGCAUAUUGGCUAUGAAGAGUUCGUUUCCGAAAGUGAAAAGGUCGGAACCAUGCAGAGACCAAAUAGCUACCAUUUUUCCCACGACCAGUUUAUCCUGGACGGUCCAUCAGAGAAGCUUCACAGAGAAUUGGAGGAAGAACUGAAGAUGAACUGCGAUGAGCCCAGAAGCCACGCCUGGUACCAUGGAGCCAUACCCCGGCAGGUUGCCGAGAACUUUGUGCAACGAGAUGGCGACUUCCUGAUUCGCGAUUCGCUGUCAAGUCCCGGAAGUUAUGUUCUAACGUGUCAAUGGCGAAAUACAGCCCAGCAUUUUAAAAUCAACAAAAAGGUUGUGAUGCUGAACGAAGCCUAUUCCAGAGUUGAGUACCGUGUGGACCGAGAAGGUUUUGACAGUGUUCCCGCUCUCGUCAGAUAUUACGUCGGCAACCGCAAACCCGUCUCUCAGGUCGUCGGCGCAAUUAUCUUCCAGCCCAUCAACCGCACGCUGCCGUUGCGCUGCUUGGAACAAAAGUACGGAUUAUCCGGUUCCCAUCGAGAGGCGGGGCUGAUGGAACAGGAGCGGCGGCGUCAGAAGCGCCUCAGCCUCAACAUCGCCAAUGGACACGUCCAAGACAACACGCACGGCGGACACGAUGGCAGCCACUACCACCACAACAAUGUGGCGAGAGGAAGCCCUCUCAGGCUGAAGGAUCGUUGCGGCAGCCAACCGGCGAGUCUCAAUCAACUCCCGGAGAAGCGGCGGCCGCUUAAAGCGCACCAAUCAGAGAGCUUUCUACCACUUGGAUCCAGAGCCCAGAAUCAGCAGCAUUCGGACAGCCAUCUCCUCAGCCCAAACUCCAAGUCCCCCGUGUUCCGGACGGGCAGUGAACCGCUGCUGAGUCCGUCAGUCGCACGGAGGUUGGCAGAGCCAAUGGCGGGUCAGCCGAUCCGGGGCUCUGACAGCCAGCUGUGUCCCAAACCUCCACCCAAACCCAGCAAGGUUCCGAUGGCACGCCCGCCUCACUUUGCCGGCCUUCAGCUUCCACGUCUGGCCUCUGACGCCUGCCCCAGCCGGUCUUUACCCACUUUGGACUCCACAUGUGGGGAAGCCCCUGUUUGGAGGACGGCAGGUCCUCCUGCACCGCCGGCAAAGUCCGUCCACGCAGACUUGCAAAGCUCCUCCAGCUGUGCACUACCGCAGAUUCACUACACCAGCUCUGAGGCAAUAACGGGCCGAAGUGAAUGCCUGGCGCUGACUCCCGCAGACCUCAGGUCCCGCAGCCCGCUGGAAUGGGAUGAACCAAACUCUCCUAACUCCAUUCCAGACGCCCACGAACUUGAGCGGCUGCCGUGCAGCUAUGUUGACAGAUUGAGGCAAGAGGGUGAGGCGCCCGAUGCGACUGGAGCGCAGAGAGGGCUGGACCGAAGCUCCUAUCAUCAUGCCAUUGAGGCUUUGGAAAACACCAGCGAGGAAGAAGAGGAGGACGCGGGGAGGGAGGAGCAGGAGGACGAAAAGAGGAACAUCUUCCUACGGCCGGUGGUGGAGACUGAGUCGGCGUUCCGGCCGACCGAGUUUGCCUCUCGACUUCUGCCGGCCGAAAAUAAACCGCUGGAGAUGUCUGUCUUGAAGAGAGCCAAAGAGCUGCUGUUGAGCCACGACCACCACAGCAUAGCCAAACACCUGCUCAUGGCCGACUGCCAGGUGGCAAGGAUACUUUAUGUGUCGUCUGAGCAGAGAAGUCAGAUGGGGGUCGCAUCUGGCCUGGAACUGAUCACCUUGCCACAUGGUCAACAGCUGAGACUAGACCUGAUGGAACGACACCACACCAUGGCAAUAGGCGUGGCCGUGGAUAUUCUCGGGUGUACGGGCAGCCUGGAGGAGCGAGCGUGCGCUUUGAACCGCAUCGUCCUGGUCGCGUUGGAGCUGAAGGACACUGUGGGCGACUUAUUUGCGUUCACCGCCCUCAUGAAGGCUCUGGAGCUGCCGCAGAUCAGUCGUUUGGAAGAAACAUGGACGGCUCUGAGAAGGAAUUACACGCAGACUGCCAUCAGCUAUGAGAAAACUCUCAGACCUUUCUACAAAAAUCUCUAUGAGGGAACCGCUUCCUGUCCUGCUGUGGCGUGCGUCCCCCUCCUGUUGCCUCUUCUCUCUUUGAUGGAGCGGCCAUCGGUCUCGCCGGAAGGGGCGGAGCUCUGGGAGACCAGUGACCAGGGCUGUGACAUCAUGCUACGUCACCUCGAGGUUGCGCGCAACGUCGCACACAAUGCGCACAUCUACACUGAGAACGCACAGAGAAUCAUGCACGGGUUCCAUUGUGACGAAGACUUGCUGGAGGUGUUCAAGACGGACUUUCAGCUGCGGCUGCUGUGGGGGAGUCGCGGCGCUUCGGUCAACCAAUCAGAUCGCUACGGCAAGUUCAACCUCAUCCUCACUGCAUUGUCAAGGAAGCUGGAGCCCCCGCCCAAAACACACACUUUAAUUUGACCUCCCAUUGGCAGCAACAUUCAGACGGACCGUUUCGGUUCAGCCGUGUAACCUAACAUUGACGCAACAUCAUCAAAUUCGAGAGUUUGAGCGUCACGGCGGGCGCUCAAGGAAGACCAACAAGAUGCAAACGGGGACAAAACUUGCACUUUCUUAGAGAGCAGACAUCGUAUAGAAUGUCCAUAGAAGUAACUGUAACUAAACAAAUAUAAUGCAUAGUUUGUUUCUUUACUCAAGACUCCCAAAACUAAAUGUCCUCCUGCUAAGGUUUAAAAGAGAGUAGACCUGUUUGUGUGUACAUGUGAAGAUACACACAAGUACUGUAAGUGAACGAACGUUGUACAUAUGUGAAGUGUUGUGUACAUACAGGAAUUAAGGAGAAGAGAAUGUCAAUAAAUUUGAAUGUUUAUAUUCUGAACUACUGGAGUAAGUUCGAAUAAAUAUGGUACAUAUUC